AUGACAAGACGGUACAGCGUUUCUCGAUCUCCACCUUUGGCUUCAUUGUUACUUUUGCUAGUUUCAUACUUAGCCCCAGGUGAAGCCGUUUUGUGCUAUAGUUGUUCGUACACGUACACAACCCAACAUGUCGGAUACGAAUGUGUUAACGCGACUGAAGAAGUGAAAACAGCUCACACUGUCAAUUGUCCCGGCCAAUAUUGCAGAGACAGAGUCGUCUACAAAAAACAUGAAGGAAACGAAUUCGUUGUCUCCUCGUUAGAACGCAGCUGUUUGCGAGAAACACACACUGGUCCAAAUUGCACGCAGAGUCUAUACGAAAAAACCUGUCUUUUUGUUUGUGAAGGCUUCUUCAUCGAUCUAUCUAUUAUAAUCUUAGACCUAUCUAUCUAUCUAUCUAUCUAUCUAUCUAUCUAUCUAUCUAUCUAUCUAUCUAUCUAUCUAUCUAUCUACCGUCUAGAGGCUCUUUCUUCAUCUAUCUAUCUAUCUUUUUUAAAACAUAGAUCUAUUUCAUUUAAAUCUAUGCGAAUAACAGUCCGCACCUUCAUUCCUUCCUUCCUUCCUUCCUUCCUUCCUUCCUUCCUUCAUUGCUUCCUUCCUUCAUUGCUUUCUUCAUUCCUUCAUUGCUUCCUCCCUUCCUUCCUUCAUUGCUUCCUUCCUUCAUUGCUUCCUUCCUUCAUUGCUUUCUUCAUUGCUUCCUUCCUUCCUUCCUUCCUUCCUUCAUUGCUUCCUUCCUUCCUUCCUUGCUUCCUUCUUUCCUUCAUUCUUUCUUUGCUUCCUUCCUUCCUUCCUUCCUUCCUUCCUUCCUUCAUUGCUUUCUUCAUUGCUUCCUUCCUUCCUUCCAUGAUGAGGAUCCGCCGCAUCUUCACAGAAGAUGGCCACCUCAUCACGUUCGUUGCCAGCCUCGCACCUUUCUCGAAAUCAUGGUCUUUUGGUUGA